AUAAGCUAAAAUUUCUUUAACCGGAAAGGGACAGUGGUGAAGAGCGCCAUCUCUGAUGACCGGUUGAGAGAUUUCGUCAAAGUCAUGUUGUCUUCUGCAGUUUCCAAAUUAUCUAACACCCUUCGGGGUGGUAGUCAUCAAGCUGGACGUUGUUUGACAGCAUUAAAUGGUUCGGUUAGAGAUUACUCAUCAGGAGCGGAAAAUGAUUUAGUUGUUAUUGGAUCUGGACCAGGCGGCUAUGUGGCAGCAAUUAAAGCAGCUCAACUAGGCAUGAAGACUGUCUGUGUAGAAAAGAAUGAGACAUUAGGAGGAACGUGUUUAAAUGUUGGUUGUAUUCCAUCUAAAGCUAUGUUAAAUAACUCACAUUAUUAUCAUAUGGCUAAAACUCAAGAUUUGCAUAAACGUGGAAUAGAGUUCAGUGAUUUAAAACUAAAUUUAGAUACUAUGAUGGAACAGAAGAGAAAUGCUGUAAAAGCUCUAACUGGUGGAAUAGCACAUUUAUUUAAACAGAAUAAGAUAACACAUUUACAAGGUAUGGGUAGUGUAACAGGUCCUAAUGAAGUCACAGUAACAAAAUCUGAUGGUUCUAAAGAAACAGUCUCCACUAAAAAUAUAUUAAUAGCUACUGGUUCAGAAGUUACACCUUUCCCUGGUAUUGAAAUUGAUGAAAAAACAAUAGUGUCUUCAACAGGAGCACUGUCUUUAGAAAAAGUUCCUACAAAAUUAGUUCUGAUUGGUGCUGGUGUUAUUGGAGUAGAAUUGGGUUCUGUGUGGCAAAGAUUAGGUGCUGAAGUUACCUGUGUAGAAUUUUUAGGUCAUGUUGGUGGAAUGGGUAUAGAUAUGGAAAUAUCUAAAAACUUCCAGCGUAUUCUAACAAAACAAGGCAUCAAGUUUAAACUUAAUACCAAAGUUACAGGGGCAACCAAAGAAGGAGAAAAUAUUAAAGUAGCCAUUGAAGGAGCCAAGGAUGGCAAACAAGAAGAGCUUGACUGUGAUACAGUUUUAGUGUGUAUAGGAAGAAGACCAUAUACGGAAAAUCUUGGACUAGAUGGUGUAGGUUUACAAGUUGAUAAUAAAGGUAGAAUACCAGUCAAUAGUCGAUUUCAAAGUACAGUACCAAGUAUAUAUGCUAUUGGUGAUUGUAUAGCCGGUCCUAUGUUAGCACACAAAGCUGAAGAUGAGGGUAUUAUAUGUGUAGAGGGUAUGUGUGGAGGAGCUGUACAUAUAGAUUAUAACUGUGUACCAUCUGUAAUUUAUACACAUCCAGAAGUAGCAUGGGUUGGUAAAACAGAGGAGCAACUCAAAGAAGAGGGUGUAGAGUUUAAAGUAGGUAAAUUUCCUCUUGUUGCCAACAGCAGAGCUAAAUGUAAUAACGAUACAGAUGGUCUUGUUAAAAUUCUUGGAGAUAAAAAAACUGACAGAUUACUAGGAGCUCAUAUUAUUGGUUCAGUAGCAGGUGAACUAAUUAAUGAAGCAGCAUUAGCUAUGGAAUAUGGAGCAUCAUGUGAAGAUAUAGCUAGAGUUUGUCAUGCUCAUCCUACUGUGGCGGAAGCUUUCCGUGAAGCCAAUCUUCAAGCUUAUUUCGGUAAAUCUAUAAACUUUGGUUAAAGGAAGGAGGAGAUCCUGUAUAAGUGGAAAUGUGAAUUGUGGCGUCCAUGUUGAUUGUUUCAUGUGUAGAAUAACAUCAGAAUGUAUUACGGAUUCAGACUUUUUAUAGAAUCUCAUGACAGGAUUCUAUAAGGAAUUCCUUUGAUUUAUCACGCAUAUAGUUUUCGAAAAGACACAGAUGAGAAUAAUGUUUAAAAAUCUUGCUUCUUUAGUAAUGCACUGGGUAGAAGUUUUAAUUUGAAAUAAAGAUACAUUAAAGUUUUAUCUUGCCUUGAAGAUUUCCAGAUAUAUUAGAAGUUUUAACUUGUCUCUUAAAGAUUCGAUACAAGUAUAAUCCAGGCUUGAAUUUCAUACCUUUUUUAUAAUUAAUUAGGUAUAUCAAAAAAAUAUUAAAUGUUUGUUUUGUUAAAAUGAUUAAAGUGAUGAAACAUCAGAGUAGAUAUUGUAAUAUAAUAUAAAAGUGCUAGAGAUUAUUCAUAAGUUGCUAGGAUAUAAGUAAGCCAGUUUAUAAUAUAAUUAUUAUUUAAUUUGUACAAAAUGUAUAAUAAUGAGUGAAUAAAUAUUUGUCUACA